UGUCAGUAAUCGUGAUUAUUGCAGGAUUCUUUGUGUUUGCGGCUGAUGCAGCCACCUUUCCACAAUCCGUCGACUGCCAGUCGAUGCCACAGAGUAGUUACAAGUUCUGUGACCCGAAGUUGACGCCGGAAGAGCGAGCAACAGAUCUGGUCAGUAGGUUGAAACUGGAUGAGCAAAUUCAGCAAACGUGGACAAUUGCUCCAGCUAUUAGUCGUCUUGGUAUUAAUGCAUACAACUGGAGAUCUAAUUGUGUCCACGGUUGGUCAGCAUCUGGAGGUCACUGGAGCUCAGACAUGAAAUGGACUGUGUUUCCUGCUCCUAUUGGUCUUGGUGCGACGUUUGAUGUUGAUCUUGUGAGAGCAGUAGGGGAAGCCGCUGCAGACGAGGGUCGGGCUUUGCAUAAUUUGAUGUUGGCAAAAAACAAUGGGACGAGCACUGAAGCUGCGGCUCUCAACUGCUUCAGUCCAAAUGUUAAUCUGUUUCGAGAUCCAAGAUGGGGAAGAGGUGAAGAAACAUUUGGUGAGGACCCUUAUGUGCUAUCACAAAUUGGUGUAGCCUACACUCGUGGACUUCAAGAAGGCAGUGAUCCUCACUAUGUCAAGAUUGUAGCUUGUCCCAAGCACUACGCGGUCCACAGUGGUCGUGACAACGAUCGUGCACACUUCACGGCUAAUGCAACUAUGCAUGAUUUGUAUGACACGUAUCUUCCCGCAUUCAAGUCGCAGAUCAUGGGCGGCAAGGCCGGGCAGGUGAUGCCAGCCUACAGUGGCACUCGAUGCAAGAUGAUUCCAAAUGGAGCACCAGACUGCGCAAACGACUUUCUUCUUAAAACGGUGCUACGUGAGGAGUUUGGAGGGUACAAUGUUUCAGUUUGCUCUGACAAUGGUGGUGUAUCUAUGGUGCACAACACACAUCACUUUGUUGACUCUAAUGAGUUGGCAGCCGCGGUUAGCAUUAAUGCAACAACAGAUUUAGAUCUUGGCCAUGAUGCCAUCUAUUCAAAAAAUUUGGGGAAAGCCGUUGAAGACCAUCUGGUGUCACCUCAGACUAUAGCUGAUUCCGUGUGGAGAAAUUUUUACUGGAGAAUCAGAUUAGGGGAUUUUGAUCCUCCAAAUAUGGUCAGCUACCAGUCUCUUGGUGCGGAUCGUUUGAAUACAAAGGAAAACCAAGACUUGAACUUGAAGUCGGCACGGGAAUCUAUUGUUUUGUUAAAGAAUACAAACAGUGCUUUGCCUUUAAAGACGGACUUAAAGAGCAUUGCUGUUAUUGGACCUAAUGCAAACAGCAGUCAGGUGCUGCUCUCAAACUAUGAAGGCAUUCCGGACACGAUCACAACUGUUCUCCAAGGAAUUGAGGCAGCAGUGUCGUCGAGCACUAAAGUAACAUACAGUGCUGGUUGUGAAGACACUAGAUGUACAAACAAGGAUAUGUUUAAUGACGCUACGGCAGCCGCAAAGAAUGCAGACGUAGUGAUCAUGGUGAUGGGUUUGAGUGGACAUUUGGAAGGCGAAGGACAUGAUCGUGAUCCUACAUCAUGUGGCAAUGAGGACAGAGAGAGCAUUGGUUUGCCAGGCUGUCAGUAUGAUCUAACACAACUUAUUUGGGGAAUUAAUUCAAAGACGGUUCUUGUGCUCAUCAAUGGCGGCCCUCUAUCAAUAUCGUGGGAGAAAGACCACAUACCAGCAAUUAUAGAAGCGUUUUAUCCUGGAGCUGUGGGUGGUCGUGCUGUAGCCGAUGUUUUGUUUGGAGAUUACAAUCCUGGCGGAAGAAUGCCUGUUACAACAGUAACUGGCGUUAAAGACUUGCCAAUCGUCCAAGACUACAACAUGUCAACACCACCUGGUCGUACCUACAAAUACUAUACGGGAAAUACGGUUUUUCCAUUUGGUUAUGGCUUGUCUUACACGACCUUUCAGUACAGCGAUCUCAAACUGUCACAAUCAUCCAUUCAGGCAUGUGCAAAGCUUUCUGUAUCAUUUAUGGUGAAGAACACUGGACAAAUGAAUGGUGAUGAAGUUGCUCAGUUGUAUGUGACGGCUCCGAGAGAAGGCAUCAAAUACCCUGUUCCGAUACGAACACUUUCAGGAUUUAAUCGAUCACAUAUUGCAGCCGGCCAGUCACUGAUGAUCAUGUUCACUCUCGAUCCAUAUGAUAUGAGUGUUGUGAACGGUGAUGGUAGUCGGGUCAUCAACCCUGGUGAUUAUCAGGUGUUAGUCGGAGGCCAGCAGCCAGUGAAUGGAAUGACGACAGAAGGUGUUUUGUCUUCUAAAUUCAGUGUUGCAGGCAGCACUCCAGUGAUGGUCUCCGACUGUCCUCACGCCAAGAAGUGCAUGGCAUGUCAGCCACAGUAGACUGCAUGCUGUGACAAACUGUUUGAGGUCAAUUUCCAAGCGUUUUCUACUUUUUUUUUUCUAUCGGUUUUGCUACAGUGCAAAUGCACUCUGGCUUAUUCUUGUGUUCUGUUUGAGACUUACAUAUGCUCUGAAUUGUGUAACUCUGAUUUUGUUGUAAAUGGAGUGAAAGUGUCACACGUACAUGGCAUAUGUACUUUGCAAAUAUACAAAUCAACUGAAUUUAC